AUGGCGAAGCUGAGUCUAGGUGGUAAGCUGGCAAUAUCUCUGGAGAAUCUCCCGACCGAGCUCAUUCACCGCAUCGCAUCGUACUGCGAUGUCGCCGACGUCCACGCCCUCACCUGCGUGUCCCGCGCUAUCCGCAUGUCAUGCAGCAAUCCCUUUGUUUUUCAAGCUCAGUUCUGCCACCAUACUUACCAGGCACCCGAUCCCGAAUCUAAAACAAUCCCCAACAAGUAUACGCUGGCGCAUAUUGUCAACAGCGCCUUGAUCAGCCGCCCCGAAUCCGACGCGAGAACUAUCUGGUCCCACCUCGCCGCUGUCGCCUCAACCCUCCCAAACCUCUCAGACGAACUCGAUGAACUCAUGCUCCCCUACCGAGCAGUGUCUUGGCAAUCCGCCGGGAGCGUCAAGCUCCCCAGCUCCGAACUCCUCCGGAAGACCCAAGCUUUGAUCGGCACAUUCUCCACUUUCGCCGUCCUUGGCUACAUCCCUUCGAUUGAUCUAGGAGUCGCCGCAGCGACGACAGGUCUUCUUAUAACCCUCACGGAUCCGCACAACUGGGCCUCGUACAUCCAUGUCUUACCCCAGAUCAACAGGCUCGUGCGGCAACAAGCUUUCGUCCUCGCGCUAGGUUUGCUACAGACUCAGGUCCUGAACAACUUAGGCAUCAUGGCAUACCACCUCUCCAAGAUGGCAACCUGGGACGACACGCACACCGCCUUCCACCGCUUCAAGACGUCGUGGGAAGGGAGGCAGACGGCCGCGUUGUUGGUGCAGGUCCUGCUUGCGCACCUGCUCCGAAGCAGCUUCUCAGCAAGGCCGGCGAGCGAAUAUCUGCCGUCUCCGCGGAAGCUCCCGCUGGCGAUGGUGCAUGAUGAAGCGGGAAGUGCGAUUGUGCCGCUGCCGGACCCGUUGUCGCCGGAGCAGGCUGAGCGAAGGCUCACGGCGUUUUCAUCGACUGGGUCAUGGGACCGGUGGAACCGGAGCGCGCAAUCAAGCGACGUUUCUCGAGACUGGUCCGAUUGA